AUGGAGUCUUCAUUCGUCGCCGCAGACUCUGGGACGACAUCCUCGGGCGAUUGUGGAACGACAUCUGGAGAUCGCGGAGCCGAUUCGAAAGGCAAUACUGGAGGUGACUGUGGUGCCGAUUCAGGGAAAGACUGUGCCGACACAGAACCCCAUCCAGCUGAACGAGAAUACAAGUACACCGACUUCGCCGCUACACCCCAGACAGACACUGCCGGUCCUUCCACCUCGUCGCAGUCGAAGACACAACCCGAUACUAGCACACCAGAAGAACGACAGCAACAAGAAGAGCGUAAACAAGCGAGGACGCAGAAGAAGGAAAAGAGAAAGGAACAGACAAAGAAGUUCCUGAACAGCGCCAAAGCUGUUGCUGAGAAUAUCAUCAAGGGCAAGUUUUGA